AUUGCGAAUAAAGUCUUCAGGAGUAGGUUUUGAGAUUUCAUUAUGGCGACCAGGCUACAGUUUGAGAACUCAUGCGAUAUGGGUGUAUUUUCUAAGCUCACCAACGCCUACUGUUUGGUUGCUAUUGGUGGUUUUGAGAAUUUCUACAGUGCAUUUGAGACUGAGUUAGCAGAUACAAUCCCUGUGGUUAAGACCUCCAUUGGCAGCACUCGCAUUAUUGGACGCUUUUGUGCAGGAAAUAAAAAUGGGCUUCUCUUGCCCCACACCACCACUGACCAAGUCAGUGAAUUCCUUCUUUUAUCCUGGUCCUCUGCCCCAUAG